AUGUAUCAUCGUGCAUCCUGGCUUCAAUUUGCACGGCAACAGCAACAACAACAGCAGCCACGUCCGCCGUAUUACGCUGGCCUGGAAAAUAAAGGACGCGAUCAGAGUUUGAUGGACACGAGCCACGGCAGUAUGCUGGACGACGCGGCUAGCAAGAACGCCCUGUACGCUACCCAAAAUGGUUAUGGAUACGCCGUGGCCAGCGCUCAAAAUAACGGACACGCUAACGGCGAUUGGGUCAAUAUGGCGUACACGGAACACAGUUAUUCUAAUUCAAACAAUGGCGGCUCUGUCAAUUCUCAAGACUCGUUGUGGCAGUUGAAAUUGGCUAGCCAAAAUGGCGGCGUUGGCGGAGUGAACGGAGGCGAUCAUCAAUUGGGCAAUGGAACCCUGCCGGACAGGUCGUACCAUUAUGACCCAAUGACUCACGGCGGAUACGGCGGAUUUGAAGAUUACAGUCACUACCCGCCCAGCACCGGCGAUGACUACAUGCAGCGCAAUAAUUACGGCGUCGUGACGGCCAAUGGAGAUCCCUACGCCGCCGUCCAUAAAAAUGGCAAACGCAUGGAACAUCUCGAAUCAACAUAUCACAACGUGAGUGGCUUGCCAGAUCCCUACAUGGAGGCCGAACCGGAGGAGAUGAAACAGCAUCAACAACAGCAACAACAACAACAACAAAUGGCGCCACCUCAGCACCAUCUCUCGUUUGAUGAGUCGCUCGAGAGCGGCUAUUCAACACCCAAUUCACGGAAUCGCAGUCAUCCGCGAGAUCAUCGUCUAGAGGAGAUGCGAAUAUUAUUAUUUCUUUAUAAAGAUUUACGAUUAUUAGAUGUUGCACACUCCCUUCGUCUCCCUUUCUCGCAUCGAUCUAAUUUAAAAUCAGAAGUGAAUGACCUGACUACGUUUUCGCCCUGUGUGCCAAAACACCUUUCGAGGUUUUAUCAUUUAACGGAGCGACGACAAUCACCAUUUUCAUCACCUCUGAUGGCCACCAUCUUUUUUUGGUUGAUUGGAAGGCUCAAAGAAGGAUAUUCGUGUGCUGCCCUCUAG